AUGGGCGCGUCCAUUCAUCACUCACAACGGCGUGUCUCCUGCGAGGCUUGCCGGAAUGCGAAAGCGAGAUGCCAACGAAUCCGACCAACUGACUCUCAGUGCGCGCGAUGCUUUCUCCUGAAGAUUGAAUGCAUUGUUGGACAACAGAGAAAGGUUGGUAGACCACGACUACCGACUUCUGGUCGACCUACGCAUCGCGAACAGCACAACAAUAUUGCAAACGAGGUGAUGCUAUGGACAAGAGAAACUGGCGUUGUCGAGAAUUCCAAACAUUCAUCAGAUACACUUACGCCAUCAUAUUAUAACGAUCAAGCCAGCUUGCUGAGUCCUGAAUCCUCAUUUGCCGACUCUCUUAGCGUCUUCAGCUCGGAAGCAAGCAGCUGGCAAGAAGCCAUUCCUGACGAGGGCACUUCAUCGACGUGGGAUACAUCAUGGGAGCUAGACCUGGCUUCGCUCACUUCGGGUGGCAACGCCAGUUCUCACAGGUACAGGUUUCUCUCUCAUCCGCCUUCGGUGGUGGAUUUAUCACCUUGGAGUCGUGAGGUAGCCUCACCGAGAUACCCAAACAUACAGCACCCGAGUCACACAGACAGCCUUUCCCAGUUGCAACGCAUCAGUCUUGAUCUUCACGUUCGUGCUGUAGCGGUCGAACACCACAAACAAGCACUCACUUUGGACAUGAUCAGCUAUAAGCUAGGCCCGCUUUACAAAGAUGGAUUUACAUUAGCCCAGUCAGUCUUGAAAUCCUCUCAGGACUUUCUCGUUAUCCUUGCUCGGCUUCAUAGCUCCCGAUCAGGGGCAGUAUCGUCAUCAAUACCGCCACCCGCCCUCAAUUUUGCUGAUUUGGGUUUGCCGGUACUCCUGCCGCGUCCUUGUAUCACGUACCAGCCCUUGAGUGGCCCUCUGGCUCUGACCAUAAUUAAUGUGUUUACACAACUGAUAGCUCUUUACGAGCUGAUUAUUGAAAAGCUCUCUGCACGAGUUAACCGUUCAGAUGUUCUGCCGAUCCCACCUAUUCCUAUUUCCGCCUUUGAAGGGUCAAUGAUGGUACACCCCUGCAAACAAGGCUUGCUUUUUACCCGUAUGGCUGUGCCUCUAUUAGAAAGAAUGGAAAGUGUAUUGGGAACUGUAGGAGGCCCUGAAAAUUGGGAGGGUUUAUUAACUCCACGACAAUUGGACGUUCUGUGGAUUGAGCUUGGCGGAGUGAAUGGCGAGACUGACGUCGGUAUGCUGCGUCCCAUACGGUUGAGGAAGGCAUUCCAUGACGCUGAAAUAAUAUUAAGGCGGGUUCUCUCCUAA